UUUUCCAUUUUAUUAUCCACAACAAUACCCACGCGCGCACACACACUCUCCACUGUGCGACUUUUUAGUUUUCCACCAUGGUUGCUGCUGUGCUGGAAACCCUGUCUAUCCCACGCGCCUCCGCUCUUCCUUCGGCUUCUUUGGGAGCGGUCGCUGGAUCCUCCGUUUCUCGCCGGAGCUCCGUCAGGUUCUCCGAUUUCAGAGGUCUUAAGAUCCAGCCUGUCCGCUCUUCUUCUUCUUCGGUGAUUUCUAGAUCCGGAAUCGACCGCCGUGGUAGUCGUAUCGUCUGCGAGGCACAAGAAACCGCUGUUGAAGUGCCAGCUGUCACCGAUUCAACUUGGAAGUCUCUUGUACUCGAUUCCGAUUUGCCCGUUCUGGUAGAAUUUUGGGCGCCGUGGUGUGGGCCAUGCCGCAUAAUCCACCCUGUUAUCGACAAGCUGGCUAAGCAGUAUGCUGGAAAGCUCAACUGCUAUAAAGUCAACACCGACGAGAGCCCUUCGAUUGCUACACAAUACGGUAUCCGAAGCAUACCGACUGUCAUAAUAUUUAAGAGCGGGGAGAAGAAAGAAGCAGUCAUCGGUGCUGUUCCAGAGUCGACAUUAACUACCUGCAUAGAGAAGUUCUUGUAGAAUUAAUGAGUGCAUAAAUAUUCUCUUCUUUCUUGCAAUCAAAACUAACUGUCUUGUGAAAAUGGCUCUAUUGAAUCGUAAGUGUAUAAAUGUAUGCUUUCGGGGAAUCAUGUGACUUGGCAUUGGGUGUCCCGAAAAGAUUUUGCUUGCGUCAAAUCUCAGAUUUUUCUAUGGA